AUGGAUAGAAUGUUCGCCAAACCUUUUAUCGGUUCAAUUGAGUGCGGUGAUGGUGUUUACGGCAUGGCUAGGGAUAGCUCUAGGUUGGGCGUUGUUGCCACUUCAGGCGCUUUAGGUGAAGUCGCUGUACAUGAUAUACCCACUCGUCAACCUCUACUCAACAUCCCAAACGCUCAUCAUGGCAUUGUUUCCUCCUUAACUUUUUCACAUACAGCUAAGUCUAAUCGCGGCGACUCCAGAUUACUUAGUGCAGGCGUUGAUAAGUCUGUCAAGAUGUGGGACGCUAACUACUCCACUGACGCUGGUGAUAACGCCGGUUUUAUUGAUGAAGAUGUCGCUGAGAAACACUCACAAAAACCGUUAAGAGUUUGGUCAGCUAAUGCUGGUAUCAACUCAAUCACUCACAAUCGCUUACAUCCAACAUUCGCAACUGCAUCUAACGCAAUUCAGCUCUGGGAAGAGGCACGCACUGAACCAAUUGAGACCUAUAAAUGGGGUCACGAUAACAUUUCUGCUCUCAAAUUCUCCCCCACCGAGCAUUCCAUCAUGGCUGCUGCAGGUAGUGAUAGAAGUGUGUCUUUAUGGGAUACGCGUGUCAACGGUGGUAGUAUAGGUCGUAUUAUGACUCCUUUCAAGAUGAAUGACUUGUCUUUCAACCCAAUCCUCCCAACGCUCCUCCUCACAGCGGGUGAAGACCACAAUCUUUACACAUGGGAUAUACGCAAUCUUGGCAAUGGUGCGCUACAGAUAUACAAAGACCACGUAGCUGCUGUUACUACGUGUGACUGGUCUCCAACCGGCCAACAGAUCGCUAGUGGUGGCUGGGACCGCACUGUUAGAGUAUUCGACAAGAAUCACGGUAGAUCGAGCGAUUGCUACCACACUAAGCGUAUGCAGAGACUGAUGAAUGUUCAAUUCAGUCUGGAUAGCAAGUACAUUCUCACUGGCUCAGAUGAUGGUAAUCUUAGGAUGUGGAAGUCGAGAGCAAGUGAUAAGAUUGGUCAGAUUGAUGGUCGUGAGCGUGAUAAGAUGAACUAUAGAGAUAGCCUUAGGCAGAGAUGGGGUGGUGUGGGUGAAGUUCGCAAGGUGGAGCGCAGAAGAAACACACCAAAGGCUAUUAGGAACGCGUCGUCAGCUAAGAAGACUAUGGUGGAUGCGCAAAGAGCUAAAGAGGAGAAUAUACGCACGCACACCAAAGCUGGACAGGCGAAGCCAAAGUCUGAGAAGAAGAGGGCGGUUGUGAGUGAGCAGACGUGA